UUCACCGAUCACCACCCGCUCUCGAUCACUUUUACAAAAAACCUCUAAAAUAACCGUAUUACCGCGCGUGAAGUGUUAAUUUUGCAUAUAAAGGGAUGAUACAUCUAUCCUUUUCAUUUGUAUCUGUUGUCUCUAUAGCCAAAUACGUUAUUUUUCGAUCAGUGAGCUGACGAAAUUGAUCCAGUGCGCUUGCGUGGUUGUUACCGCCAAAUCUUAAGAAAAAAAUAGUGGGACGUGAACAUUGAAUCGUGGGUGUGUCGAAAAAAACAAACAGGCGUCUUUUUUCAUACAGAGAGGAAGAUCUUACAAAUGCCAUAGAAUCUAUAAAAAAUAAGAUAAUGGGUUAUAGAGAAGCCUGUCGAUUUUAUGGCGUGCCAUUUGCCACAGUGCAUGAUCGUCUUAGCGGUAAAGUAGCAAUCGACAAAAAACCAAAAGUUGGUCCAAAUCCUGUCUUAGGAGUGGAAGGAGAGGCAAAACUCACUAAAUGGAUUCUGGAUAUGGCAAAAUGUGGGUUUCCUAUAAGUAAACAAGGGCUGCUAGAGAGUGUAUCGAAAAUUAUAGCAAAAACUGGUAUCAAGACUCCAUUUAAAUAUGGAAUGCCAGGAGAUACUUGGUAUCAAAAAUUUCUUAAGCGGCAUCCAGAAAUAAGCAUUCGUGAACCCGAAGGUAUUAAUAAUGCAAGAGCUGCCAUAACUGAGAACCGCAUCAGACAUUGGUUCAAAGAUCUGCGAAAUUACAUUAUGUCUAUUGAUGCGAUGGAUAUAUUUGAAGAUCCAGAUAGAAUCUUCAAUGGUGAUGAAACAGGGUUUUCCCUAUGCCCAAAAAGUGGCAAAGUUUUAGGACCAAAAGGUUACAAAAACUUAUUCAUAAUUAAAAAAAAUAAUGAAAAAGAAAAUAUAACGGUCUUAUUGGUAUUUUCAGCAAGUGGAAAAUUGUGCCCACCGUUAGUAAUUUUUCCAUAUGUAAGACCCCCAAAAGCAUUGGUCAACAAUAUGCCCGAGUCAUGGGUUCUUGGUCGUUCUGAGAGUGGCUGGAUGAAAAGUGAUGUAUUCUUUGAAUACGUCACCAAUGAUUAUAAUGAUUGGCUGAUAAAAAAUAACGUUAAGAAGCCCAUUCUCUUAUUUAUUGAUGGACAUAAAUCGCACAUGACUUAUGCUUUGAGUGAAUUUUGUGAAGCAAAUGAUAUAAUUCUAUACGCAUUGCCACCAAAUAGUACUCAUAUGCUCCAACCGGCUGAUGUUAGUGUAUUCAGACCACUAAAACAGAAUUGGAAAAAUAUAGUUAAAAAAUCAGACCAAGCUGUAACAAAAUUCAAUUUUUGCUCCAUUUUAAAUAAUACCCUGUCACAAACUGAGCUAAAAGACGCUAUCAGAAAUGGGUUCAGAAAGUGUGGCCUAUACCCGGUAAAUGAAGAUAAUGUUGAUUACACAAAAUGUGUAAAGGAUACACAACUAAGAGUAGAGAAAGAGAGAAGAGAGAAAAAUUCAAGAUCGAAUAAGAAAACUACAGCGACUGCAAAAGAGUUUGAUGCAGCAAUGAAAGUAAUAUCAAUAAUUAAAAAUGAACUGUCGGAACGUAAUAUAGAUUCAGAAGUCGUUUUAAAAGAGAUAGAAAUUUCUAAAGCAACAUAUCUCCAAAAUAGGCGUUCUAAAUCAAAGACGCCUCGAAAUUCUGCGGCCUCAGAUCUUAGUACAUCCAUUCUGCCUAUUGAGAUGUUAGCAAUGUUUGACGAACCUGAAACAAAUAUGGUAAAAGAUGAUGAAGAUCCUCAAGCUGCAGCACCAAAUCAACUUACAACUAAUAUGACAACAGACAUCACUCCAGAAAACUUAAGCUUUGAAGAAACUGAAACCAAAGAAGAGCAAGGUGUUUCACAACUUUUCAAAAGUACUGAUCUCGACCAUUCGAAUUUGCUUGCUUCUAAUGAAAAUAUAACUUUACCUGACCCAGGUUCAUAUAUUUCAUUAAAUAACAUAUCAGUAAUCCCUCUUGAUGAGAUAGAGAUAUCUCAUCAAGCGCAAUCCACACAAUUAUUGAUAACUGAAAAUGAAAACCAAUGCUAUACAUUGAACGUAACAGCAGAUAUUCAUAAUGAUAACAAUGAAAAUAACAAUGAGACACCAAUGCCGAUAAUUGAUAAACUGUUAUCCUUCGAUGAAGUCUUUGAGCACCACCUACAUUUCCCAGAGCCAAAGGCAUCCCCAAAAACAGUAAUCCGUCAAGUUAAGUUGUCAAGCGCAAUUUCAUCACAAGCCUGGCGAGACUACUACAAAAAAAAAGAUGAAGAAAAAGAAAAUAUUCAAUUACAGAAAAAGCUUAAACAACAAUUGAAGGAGGAAGAAAAGAAAAAGAAAGCAGAUGAAAAGGAGAAGAAGAAGAAAAAGAAGGUUUUAUCAAAAAAGAAUAUUAAUAAAAAAGAUACUUUGUUAUGCAGUGAAUGUGCUGAAGAAUUAAUUAGUGACGUUGAAGAUGAUUUGGAAAAAAAUAUAGGCUGCGAUGUAUGCAUUCGCUGGUUCCACUUAAAAUGCACAGAAAUGCGCGAAAAAUCUUAUUUUGAAGCAGCUCUAACGACCUAUAAAUGUUCAUUUUGUCAAAAUUAAUAACUUUUUUUUUCAAUAAAUAAUACAAUACGAUUUCGACUUUCAUUUCAUUGCCCUAGAGUUCCUUUUUGAGUGGUUUUUAAUGAUCGUAAACAGGCGCAAACUGUUGAACGUAAACUGACGAAAAGCGAUCGUGAACUAAAAAAAACACACUUUUCGAUUAUUUGUAAAUUUAAAAAUAAUAGAUAAAUAGAAUUAUUUAUGAA